UCUUGUCUUCUUGUAGCUGUUGCUUCUGUUCGCACUGGCCGUGUAUGUUGGGAGUUAUCGCUCCAUGUCUGCCAUGGCCAAGCCAGCGUUUACUGAAGAUGGAAGUCUGCUGGAUGGUGGAAUAGAUUUAAACAUGGAGCAGGGAAUGGCAGAGCACCUGAAAGAUGUCAUCCUUCUCACAGCCAUAGUACAGGUGCUCAGCACCAUCUCCUCUUAUUUCUGGUAUCUUUGGUUUCUGGCGCCUGCACGUGCCCUGCACUUGCUGUGGGUCAACUUCUUGGGCCCGUGGUUUGCAGCUGAAAGCCCCUCAGCACCAGAUGAUGUGAAUGAGAAGAAACAGAGACGACAGGAGCGCAGACAAAUGAAGAGAUUCUGAUGCUGCAAAGCAGGUGGAGCAGUAUUUUUAUACACAGAAUCUACAGAAUAUACAGAUCAUAAUUAGUAGCUUGUAAGUUAUUCAGGAAUAAUUUUAAGUUAAACUAAAUCCAAAUCUCACUGUAUUGUUCAUUUGUUUUUGCAGCUUUAUGGUGAUCUCCAGUCUUACUUUAAAUUACAGGUUAUGUUAUGGUCCAAAUAUACUUUGUUUUUGUUUGUUUUCCCCCCUGGUUCAAACUGUUGCCUGACCUCCGUCUUGCAGUAUGUUUCACCUGCAUACUUUGAGUUUAAAGUACUGCCUGUGUCACUCUUGUUGGGGUAUAAUUGUGUUGUUUUAGCUUUAAUUUUUCAAAAUGCGUUUUUGAAAUAAAAGGUCAUUGAGUGU